UCUGCCGCGUAGAGUUGAUGAGAGCUAUUUCUGUGAAGGAGCAGAGCCAGCAUUUCCAUGUUGUGCAAGUUGUUAGAACUUAACAGAUAUGAAAUCAUUCACUUCUCUAGAGUUGCCAUUGUUGACUGUCGACCCUCUUCACCUUUUUAAUUCAAAAUAUUGUGAUGAGAGAGAGAUCUAGCUCUUUGGCUCUUACUUCUUUCCAUCGGGUCAUCGUCGGUGUCAACCCCCUCUUUUUAGUUUUUCAUUGAUUUCUCAUGACAGGAGUCUUAAUCAUCUUUAAUAAGUGACAGGUAUAAAAUAAACGAAGGGCUCUAAGGCUAAGGCAAAGGCAGGCACUGCAUGUGCUCUUGUUUUUCAGCUUUCAGCUUCUUCUCUUUGCCAGUGACCAACUGCCCAUACCCUGGAUUAGAGGACACACACACACGCACACACACAUCAUGUCAUCUCUUUCAGCGCGAACGGGCAGACACAAACAACGUUACCAAGAUCAACUCAGGCUCGUAGCAGGGUGCAUUCCUUAUAAACUUGACAAGAACGUUGAGGAUAAAAACUGUAGGGUGGAGGACAGUGUACGUGUCCUCAUGAUUUCAACACCAAAUCGUAAAGAUCUUGUAUUUCCAAAGGGUGGGUGGGAAGACGAUGAGACUCUUGAUCAAGCUGCUUGUCGAGAGGCCUUGGAGGAAGCAGGAGUUACAGGACUACUUGGUGAAAAUCCACUAGGAGUUUGGGAGUUUCGAAGCAAGAGCAGCCAGAAUAGUAGCAGUUUGGUAGGAGGCUGUAAAGGCUAUAUGUUUGCACUGGAGGUAACCGACGAGCUUGACCACUGGCCAGGACAGGCUAGUUACAGUAGAAAAUGGCUUACCACAGAGGAAGCUUUCAAAUUCUGCCGUUAUGACUGGAUGAGAGAAGCUCUUAAAAAAUUUCAGGCAGGCCUCUCCAAGGACAACACUGUACACGUUAAAGAGGAAGAGCCGGCAGAGAGUCAAAUGGUGUCAUCAGGUUACUUUGUAAAGCCACCUGGUGUCCAGCACCUUGAAGAAUCCUCUACCAAGCCUUGUUUAUUGACAAUCUAUAAUCAGUUGUUAAAGCUGUAGCUCAUAUUCCGAUUCUGUAAAAAGCUUGGACCAUUGUACAGCUCUCCAAUUAAUUUAAUGGAUAAAUCUCUGAUUCUUUUCUAGAGAAAAUCCUAGUAUUACUUGUGGUGGUGGUGCUACUCAUUCAAUCUUUUGUUAUUUUUUCAAUUCACUUCUUUCAAUGUAUCAAAAGAAAAGCGAAUUUCUAUUGAAUUCCACACUGUAAUAGAAAGCCAUAGUGUAAAGAUUCCUUUCUUCUUGUGAAGAAAAUUUCAAAUA